AUGGCCAUCCGUAGCCUUGUGGGCCUGGGCCUGGGCCUGGGCCUGGGCCUCUCCCAGCUCGUGUCCGCCUUUCCUACGACAUACCCAGAGUCCAACUCAACCGACGCCAAGCUGGGGGCUGUCGCCUCUGAGAGCGCCGUAUGCAGCAACAUCGGCAUCAAGCUGCUGGAGCAGGGCGGCAACGCCAUCGAUGCCAUGGUCGGCACCACGUUCUGUGUUGGUGUUAUUGGCAUGUACCAUAGUGACAUUGGCGGCGGAGGGUUCGCUCUCGUCAAGAGCCCCAACGGGACUUAUGAGUGUGUCGACUUCCGAGAGACUGCCGCGGCAUCUUACUUUGAGACCAUGUAUGUCAACAAAACCGACUUGAGCCUCUACGGUGGUCUCGCAGCUGGCGUCCCUGGCGAGCUGCGAGGGCUUGAAUACAUCCACAACAAGUACGGCAGUCUCCCGUGGAAGACGGUCAUGCAGCCCGCCAUCGAGGUCGCCCGCAACGGCUUCGAGGUCACGGCUGACACGGUCCGCUACAUCGCCUCCAUCACCAAGCCCGACUUCUUCACCCAGGACCCGUCGUGGGCCGUGGACUUCGCCCCCGACGGCACCAUCGUCCAGCUGGGCCAGACCAUGACCCGCAAGCGCUAUGCUGACACUCUGGAGACCAUCUCCAACGAGGGGGCGGGCGCUUUCUACGAGGGCGCCAUCGCCAACGCAACCAUCAACGCCCUCCAGGCUUCAGGCGGAACCAUGACCCUGGAGGAUCUUGCCAACUACACCAUUGCGAUUCGCGAUGCGGUCGACAUCAACUACCGGGGCUACAAGGCGACUGCCUGCAGCGCUCCCUCCGGCGGCGAGGUGGCACUCUCGAUGCUGAACAUCAUCAACGGCUUCGACGGCUUCGGCGACCCCGCCCAGAUCAACCUUAGCACCCAUCGCCUUGAUGAGGCCUUCAGGUGGUCGUACGGGCUGCGGGUGAACCUUGGCGACCCUUCUUUUGUGCCCAACUUGACCGAGUACCAAGCCGACAUGCUCUCCGAGGAGACGGCUGCUGAGAUCCGUUCAAAGAUCUCGGACGUGACAACCUUCAACUCCUCUUACUACAACCCCUCGAACAUCGAGGUUCUCUCCGACAAUGGCACAUCCCACAUUGCCGCCGCAGACAAGAGCGGCCUGAGCGUCUCCAUCACCACGACGAUCAACACCAUCUUCGGCUCUCGCGUCAUGGUCCCCGAGACUGGUGUGAUUCUCAACAAUGAGAUGAACGACUUCUCCACGCCCGGCUCCACAAACGCCUUCGGCUACGAGCCCAGUGAGGCCAACUUCAUCCGCCCCGGCAAGCGCCCGCUGUCGUCCAUCUCGCCAACCAUCCUCGAGUACCCGGACGGCGGGCUCUUCUUCAUCGGCGGGUCGGCGGGCGGCUCGCGCAUCAUCUCGGCCACGGCCCAGAUCAUCCACAACGCGCUCGACCGCGACAUGAGCGCCGCCGAGGCCCUGGCCGAGCCCAGGCUUCACGACCAGCUCAGCCCCAACGCCGUGUCGUUCGAGUACGCCUUUGACAACUCCACCACCGCCUUCAUGGCCAGCCUCGGCCACACGGUCCAGUGGGUGGCGCCCGGGUCGAGCACCGCGCAGGCUAUUAAGAGGCUGCCCAACGGCACGUUUGAUGCGGCGGGUGAGCCCAGGCAGCUUGCUAGCGGCGGAUUUACUAUCUGA